CAUGUUGUCAAAAAAUCUCAAAAAGAACCACUAAAGAAAUAAACACGUGCGACUGGUUGUUGGAUUGAUAAAAUUUCUUCCUUUACCACAAGAGUUCAUACAAAAUUUAAAAAUGAAAAUAAGGAAAAAUCAUCACCGUAAGCGUUAUCGUUACAGUGUAAAUAGAAAGACAAUGAGCAAAACGCGUCAAUCCACCGGGAAAAUAAAGGACCCUGAAAUGAAAAAGUUGUGGAUAGAAACUAAGCGCAACAAGAAUUUUUACGAAAUGGGUCUAGCUUCCGAUCCCAAUAAAGUAGUGCCAAUACCAAAUUUCAAGGAUAGCCGCCUAAAGACUGUAAAGAUAGUAAAUGGUUUUGUUGAGGAGGAAAUGGACGAUGAAGAGCUAAAGGAGAAAGUAACGGAUCGCCCAAGGGGUUAUGUCAUCGAGCAGUUAGAAGCAUCUGCCACUGCGCCGAGAGAAAAGUUGUUAAGGUUACCCAAAAACUCCGUGGAUCAUUUGAGUUAUUUCCUAGAUAAGUAUAAAUUUAACUACAAAGCAAUGGUAACGGAUAGACGAAAUUAUUUGCAAUGGACAUGGAAACAAUUUCGCAUGAAAAUACGAAAGUUCAUGUCAAUUCCCGAGCAAUUUGACGAGUUCUUGAAACAACGAAAUUUAAAACCUGGUGAAAAGCCGGCGUGGGAGGAAUACGAAUCAGAUAGCGAAUGGAAGUAAUUGUAAAAUAAAAUAAUGUAUAGCUUAAUAAGCAGUAAAAGAGCUCCUCAUAAAUAUCCAUCUAUGGGUAGAACAACAUCAAAACGCACACCAUAAAAUGGAGCAGGAGCUCGGCCAAACACCCAACAAAGGGUGUGCGUGCCAAUUUUAUAUAUUAUAAUAUAUAUGUAUGUAUACAUAAGGGUUAGUUUUAAAUAAAUUUUACAAUAACUCAAA